AUGUCGACCCCACCUGUCGAAGCCGCGCGAGGGGCGCUUGCGAACAAACUGCGUGCCGUGCGCUCGGAGGAUACGCCACCAUCUGCCCCUACGCCUGUUGCACCGGGGCCUACAGACCCUUUUGAGGGCGCCGUGGAGCCUGUCAUCGAGCAGCGCGUGGCGUGGCCAGAAGCACUGCCACGUAAGCGCAUCCUGUCGCAGCAUGACCUUGACCACUUUACAGAGUCGCCAGCGUUUCGCGAGCUACUCGGACUGAUCAAGACGUGCAAUGCGAGUGUCCGUGGGCACAAGCUCUCUGACAAGAUGGACGUGAGCGAGCCUGUCGCUGCCAUCCUCCGCAUCCUCGACGAGGUACAGACGCUUGUCCAGGAGACGCCGCGGGAUACCGACUCGGCGUCAACAUCGCGGUUUGGAAACCCUGCUUUCCGGGUCCUGUACGAAAAAAUUGUCAACGCCACCGACGCUUUGUUCCAGACCAUUCCGGGCUUGGACGCUGGCGAGGACGAAGCAUACCUUGCGCGCGCGCGCAAGGAGCUUGCCGUGUAUUUUUACGAGAGCUGGGGGAAUGCAAAGCGUAUCGACUACGGCAGUGGUAUGGAGCUCAACUUUCUGUGCUGGAUAUUGGGCCUGGUAAAGCUCGGAGUCCUUGUGUUGCCGCGCGACGCGGAAACGAUUGUCUUGCGCAUUUUUUGGAAGUAUAUCGAGACGAUGCGGACGAUCCAGUCUACGUACUGGCUCGAGCCGGCAGGCAGCCACGGCGUUUGGGGUCUGGACGACUACCAUUUCCUGCCGUUUCUCUGGGGCGCAGCGCAGCUCAUGGACCACAGCUUUUUGCGUCCAAAAUCGAUCCACGAUCAUGAAAUUGUGGACGAGUGUGCAAAGGAUUACAUGUACUUUGCCUGUAUCCAAAACAUUAAUGCCAUCAAAACAGAAUCGCUCCGGUGGCACUCGCCGAUGCUCGAUGAUAUCUCGGGCGUACGGUCUUGGAGCAAGGUGAACCAGGGCAUGGUCAAAAUGUACCGCGCCGAAGUCUUGCGCAAGCUUCCCAUUGCACAGCACAUCUAUUUCGGCACCUUGGUUAAUUUUGGUGCGCCCGAUACCGAUAUUGGCGAUGUGGAGGAAGACGAGCAUGGGCACCGAUUCCAGGCGGACGAGGCGCACGGUCAUGCUGCGCACGGUCACGGCGAAGGUCAAGCUGCUGGUUGGGGCGACUGCUGCGGAAUUCCAAUUCCAAGUGCAUUUGCGGCGGCAGAGCAGGGCCAAGGUACUGCGGCGCGUACUCCUAUUCGGCGUAUUCCGUUUGACUAG